GUUAUUUUGUGCAUUAUAUGUUGAGAUACACCAAGUGAGGAGACUAGUCUUUGACAAUUACCAGUGUCUUUAAGGGCGUUAGUUAUGUGUUCAGUAGGAGAGAAUACCGUUUAAUUUACGUCAUGAUGACGUCAUCGGUUAUUGAAAUACAUUAAUGCAUGAAGUUCGGUGGUCUAGUGGUUAGACAUCUCUGCUAUAGCAGUGCAAACGUUGUGGGUUCAAAUCCCAGCCAAGUAAUUCGCAGGUAAUUUUGUUUUAUCUUUAUCGGAACUCGGGAAAGAACUAAAUAAACGCGGCAAACUCCUGAAUUCUAGGUAGAGCAAGACACAUAAACCAACAAAAAACCUUCAAAUAAUACUUCGUACAAGUCAGACAACAAAAGUGUCAUUCGAAACCAUUGACUUGUUACAAACCAGUAUCCUUUUCGUCCAUCCUACACCCACGUCCAGUUGAGUCCUGCGUUAUCCUGAGGCCAUUGCUGCCCUCUCAUUCUUAUAAUAGUCACACAAUCUUGCCCAUCAAAGAUAUGCAUUAAUUGGAAUUUAAUACUAAAAAAACGAGGACUAUAUAAGCCAUGUUGUUUUGUACUAAUUCACAUUGACAUACUGUAUACUCUGUGAACGAGGAUGUGAGUGAGUUCAUUAAGAGACACAACUUUUAUAACGAGCGCAUUGCGAGAAUAAGACUUGAUCCUGCAAGCGGAUUUACUAGAAGUCUCAGAGCGGAGUUUUUAAGUUUUAGUAUAAAAUGAAUUUCUUGCUACUUCAGUUGUUGUUUACAAACGAUGUCAAGAUGCGAGCUUCAGGUGUUGCGGCUAAGGCGGCACUUGUUGUCUUGUUAACGGUUGUUUUUGGAAAGACAAGCGUGGAUUCGACACAUACAUCAAACAUACAUCUGCCAGAGCCAUUCAUUGACAUCCUAGACGUUCCUCCCGAGCUAAGAAGCAUUCCGGAGAGACCGACCAUCUACGAUCUAAUCUCAAUCCCAUCCAUGGAUGAUACAACCUCUUUAAGGAUAUCUUUUGCACCAACCAGGCCCAGACAUAUCCCAGGUAUGCCGGCAAUCGGUCUGGUCUGGAAUCAACAAUCAGGAGAGUUUCUUCAAGAGCCGCCUAUUUCUAUUUUUAAGAGAGAUCACAGUCCACCAUUACGAGCGUGUCCAGUAACGAAUGAAUGGAUUCAUGUAACGACCGCUACGGACAUUUAUAACGUACAAGUUGAAGUCAGUCAGCUUCAGUGGUUCUGGCACACCACCUGCUUGCAGGAGAACCAAGCUUGCUUUGGUUUCCCCUCGUCGGUCGAAGAUGGCUCUUUCUCCGAGUGCCGAGAGACAAAUUCCUGGGUGAUGGCCUGGGCUAGAGAGGUUGGGGAGACCGAAUACUCAUGGCGACACAUUGCUAUACCGACAUGCUGCUCGUGCGCUGUGACAGAAGGGCGGCUGAGCGCAGAGCCGAACACCCCGAAUGGAAUUGUGUAGUUAAUUGGUUGAUUGAGUUUAUUCGGAUAAAAAUACACAAAGAACAUGCCAAAAAUACAUACACAACAACAUGAGAAAAUACAUCCCAUGUAUAAUAAUAUCAAUAACCGAAAAAGAAGAAGACAAAAUUCACAGCUGGCCAAGCUGGGAAGAUUGUCGGGGCCCGAUUUCAUAGAUCUGCUAAGCACACAAAUUUGCUUAGAUAAAAACUUCAUUG